UUAGAUUUAACAGGUAUAAAAAGAUCACACAUGGGUGCAUCUCUACAGCGUGCUUGACAGUCUAAAGGCUUAGUGUAAGAUUUUUUUUGUACCUUUUAAAGAAAAACGAGCCCUGAACAUCUGAUCUUCAAAUCAAUACAUCCUGCACCUGUUGAAGAAUAAAGGUUAAAGACAUACCUAUUUGAGAAAUAUGGCUACCUCAAACAAGAAUGUUGAGUUUGUGAGGACAGGUUAUGGGAAGAACCAUGUUAAACUUCUGUACAUCCGGAGGGAGAGAGAUCGACACUACAUAAUGGAGCUGAAAGCAAAUGUGCAGCUUACACUGAACUCUGUGAAAGAUUACCUCACUGGAGACAACUCAGACAUCAUUCCGACUGACACCAUUAAAAACACUGUACAUGCCUUGGCCAAGCUCAAAGGAGUUAAAACCAUUGAGGUCUUUGCCUUGGACAUCUGCAACCAUUUCCUGACUGCGUUCAAACACGUCACACGUGCAAAGGUCAACAUCGAGGAAGCUCCAUGGAAGAGAAUCGAAAAGAAUGCAGUCGAACAUGCCCAUGCAUUCAUCUUCUCUCCUGAGUUUUUGCGAUUCUGUGAGGUUGAACAGUACAGAAAUGAGGUUGCAGUGAUCCACAGUGGAAUUAGAGACUUAAAGGUUCUGAAGACCACGCAGUCUGGUUUCGAGGGCUUCCUGAGAGAUCGCUUCACCACCCUGAAGGAUGUGAAAGACAGAGUUUUCUGUACUUCUGUCUACGCUAGGUGGCGCUACAACAAGUAUAAGGAAGUGAACUUUGACAUGGCAUGGAACUCUGUAAAGGAGAGCAUCAUCGAGAGGUUUGCCGGCCCCUACGAUCAUGGCGAAUAUUCAAAAUCUGUUCAGAAGACACUUUACGAUACACAGAUUCUUGUUCUUGAGAGACUACCAGAGGUCGAGGAGAUUGAAAUCAUCAUGCCGAACCAGCACUACUUUACAAUCGACAUGACUAAACUGGGACUCUCCAAUAACGAUGAGGUCCUUCUACCGCUCGAUAAUCCGUCGGGCAACAUUACAGGAACUGUUUGCAGGAAACCGCAAGCCAAACUGUGAAGUUGUUCAGAAAAACAAUUGGGGGAGCCAAAAAAUUAUUAUAAUAAUAAUCAUAAUAAAAAAAAAAAAACAUGUAUACAGAUUUUAUAAAUGGAGUAAAUGAAUUAAAAAUAAAUAAAAAAAACAUACAAGUUAAUCAAAUAAAAAAAAAGACCUGAAUUGGCCAGUGUGUCUAAGUAUUAGCAAAACUGAUCACAUUUAAUAAAUAAGAGUUUUAAUAAAUAAUUUGAAUGGGAACAGUAUAUGUUUUACUUUCUGUGCUGCUGUAAUCCAUCAAUUUUCCCAUGGGAUGAAUAAAGAAAUCUCUCUUAACUUUUAUACAUAUAUAUAUCAGUACACAACAUGGUGUAGGGCUUGGUGUAAUUAUUUUUUAAUCGCUAACUAAAGGUAUUUGAAACUAAAAACAUAACAUUUGUAAAAAGACAAAACCAAAAAAACCCAAAUAGAUUAUAUAAGGAAUGAAAGAAAUCCAUACCUUUUUAAUGCUCUGCUACUGACGGGGACAACUAAAUUCGGCACAACUAAAUCCCUCAAUGAGCAAAAUAGAGUGAUUAAAGAAAUCGUUUUGGCAUCCAAUCAUGAUACUUGCAUACAAAGUUUGUAAUGAUGAGUUAUUAGGGUUGCCAGCUGUUACUUUUAUCACUGGAAUGAUCGAGGUUAUGGUUGAGUCUGUGCCUUUUUUUUCCAUUCAAACGUAAUUUAUUGCAGACAAUCUGACAUUCAGUGGAUCCUGUAUUGCAAACAAAUGCGGUCUCUUUGUAAAAAUAAACAUAAGCGUAAAUUCUUAAACACUGGCAUCAGAAACACCACCGAUUUCCAGCAACAAGCUGCAUCGAAGCGAGGGAUUAUUGGUUUAUUCAAAACAAAACAAAACAAAAAUAGAAUAAUUUUGUGAUUCUCAUUGGUAAUCAGCUACCUGUUACACUGCUGAGUUUUUCCUCAAGUAUAUAUUUUAAAUAAAUCUUUAAAAAAAAAAAAAAAAA